CACAACACCUGGUCUCCCACAUCACGUCGUGUCCAUCGGGCUGGAAGGCGCCCUACCAAUUCCACGCUCCAAAAAAAAGAGACCAACCAUUGCACAUUAACUAAGAUUUCAACAUGGCUGGUCUAGAAUUUCCUCACGAAAUCACGCCAGUUACCGAAGAGGAAGAUAAAAUUAUCAAGAAGUAUUAUACAGGAUAUGCCAGGACAUUUGUCCGCAUGGGUCCUGAGAAGUACAUCCUGAGCGCUGGUUACGGAGACCACGUCCCAGAGAUCUACAACCUAGAAGUUAGACCUGAUGAUAUUUGGGUCACCACCUUCCCGAGAUCAGGUACAACUUGGCUGCAGGAGAUCGUGUGGCUAAUCGCUAACAACCUAGACUUCGAGACGGCGAAGAACGUCUCCAUAACGAAGAGAUACGCUUAUAUUGAUUACAGAGCACAGAGGUUCGAGAUCCGGCCCGAGUCGAAAGACCCGAAUUUAAAAGUUCUCACGUGGACACACGACGACUUCCGAACAUUUCCGGACAUGACGUCACCGCGAUACGUCAAGUCGCAUCUGCCGCUGUCUUUUCUACCCCCAAAAUUACUUGACACAGCUAAAGUGUUUUACAUAGCUCGCGACCCACGGGACGUGGUUGUAUCGUACUACUUCGGUCACAAACUGUUCAGAUACUUCGAUGCGGAUGCCGUAGUCGAGAUGAAAGAGUUUUGGGAUCUCUUCAAAAAUGAUUUAGUGAUGCACACUCCAAUAUUACCGCACGUUAAAGAAGCCUGGCUUAAACGUGACCAUCCAAAUAUGAUGUUCCUAUUUUACGAAGAGUUGCAAAAUGAUGUGAGCAGUGUCAUAGAUAAAAUAUGCAAGUUCCUAGGUAAGGAAUACAGUGCUCAACAGAAACAGCAGCUGAUGGAACAUAUUGACUUUAAUAAUAUGAAGAAGAAGCCGAUUGCUGGACUGCCCAAGAAGGAGGAAGGAAGCGAGAUGACUUUCUUCAGAAAGGGCAAGGCAGACAAUUGGAGACAAUACUUCGAUGAGGAAAUGACGAAGGAGGCUGAAGAAUACAUGGAGAGGAACUUGAAAGAUACUGAUAUGCGGUUUCCUUCUGUCAUUCAUUAAUUUAUAGUCCACUAAUUAAUAACUGUUUUAUUAAUAAUAAUUGCAUUGUAGGUAUUUAAAUAAAAACAUUCCCUUGUUU